UCUCCUCCUCUCUCCUCCUCUCUCCUCCGGGUCUUAUUCCUCUCUAACCGCCGCUCUCUCCUCCUCCGCUGGCCGAGUCCGGGGCCAUGAGGGUCCGCUAGUGCCCGGCUCUCUCCCCGCUGCGGGUUCGCGGGCUCGCGGGCUCCGGUGUGAAUGCAGGCGGACGCCGCUGUGGCUUCUCUCCGCAGAGCCUGACGAGGUGCCGGUGCGAGUCCGGUUUGACCGGGAGUCCCGGGAUGGCCUCGGUCAGAGUGGCCGUGAGGGUCCGGCCCAUGAACACACGUGAGAAGGAGCUGUCUGCCCAGAGUAUCAUUGAAAUGGAAGGAAACAAAACCACCAUUACAAAUGUGAAAAUUCCUGACGGUGUGACGGGAGACUCCAUGAGAGAGCGAACUAAAACCUUUACGUAUGAUUUUUCCUACAAUUCGGGGGACCGUUCCAGCACGCGAUUCGUCUCGCAAGAGAAGGUGUUUAAGGACCUGGGUUCAGAUGUACUGAAGGCAGCAUUUGAGGGUUAUAAUGCCUGCAUCUUCGCUUAUGGUCAGACUGGCUCAGGGAAGUCCUAUACCAUGAUGGGGAACCCUGGAGAUUUGGGGUUGAUUCCUCGGAUUUGCGAAGGUCUGUUCACCCGUAUUUCCGGGAUGACCCGCCGAGAUGAAGCUUCUUUCCGUACAGAGGUCAGUUAUUUGGAGAUCUAUAAUGAGCGCGUGCGGGACCUGUUGAGGAGGAAGCUGGCCAAGACGUUUAACCUGCGAGUCAGAGAGCACCCCAAAGACGGCCCUUACGUAGAAGACCUGUCGAAGCACCUGGUUCAGAACUACACAGACGUGGAGGAGCUGAUGGAGGCGGGAAACAUCAACCGCACCACAGCCAGCACCGGCAUGAAUGACGCCAGCAGCCGCUCACACGCCAUCUUCACAAUCAACUUUACACAGGCCAAGUUUGAUGCAGAGAUGCCUUGUGAAACAGUCAGUAAGAUCCACUUGGUGGACCUUGCGGGCAGUGAGAGAGCCGACGCUACAGGAGCUACAGGCGUCCGCCUCAAAGAGGGGGGCAACAUCAACAAGAGCCUGGUUACACUCGGCAACGUCAUAUCCGCCUUAGCUGAUAUGUCUCAGAAUGGAGGGAACAGUCAGCUGAAGAAGAAGCAGGUGUUUGUCCCGUACAGAGACUCCGUUCUAACGUGGCUCCUCAAAGACAGCCUGGGUGGAAACUCCAAAACCAUCAUGAUCGCAACCAUCUCCCCUGCAGACGUGAACUACGGAGAGACCCUCAGUACGCUGCGCUAUGCUAACCGCGCCAAAAACAUCAUCAACAAACCCACCAUCAACGAGGACGCCAACGUGCGGCUGAUCCGCGAGCUGAGGGCCGAGAUCGCUCGCCUCAAAGCCCUGCUGGUUCAGGGAAACCAGAUAGCGCUGCUGGACUCUCCCACGGCUCUGAGCAUGGAGGAGAAACUGCACCAGAACGAGGCCAGGGUGUUGGAACUGACCAAAGAGUGGGCGAAUAAAUGGAAUGAAACGCAGAACAUUCUCAAGGAGCAGACUCUUGCUCUGAGGAAAGAGGGGAUUGGUGUGGUUUUAGACUCGGAACUUCCUCAUCUGAUUGGCAUCGAUGACGACCUGCUCAGCACUGGCAUUAUCCUCUACCAUUUAAAGGAGGGGAGAACGUGCGUAGGCCGAGAAGAUGCCACCAACGAGCAGGACAUUGUUCUUCAUGGUUUGGGUCUGGAGAGUGAACACUGUCUGUUUGAGAAUCAGAAUGGGACUGUAACUCUGAUUCCUCUGAAUGAAGCUCAGUGCUCUGUUAAUGGAGUUCAGGUCACUGAUCCCUGUCAGCUGAAUCAAGGUGCGGUCAUCCUGCUGGGCAGAACCAACAUGUUCAGAUUUAAUCAUCCCAAAGAGGCCGCCAAACUGAGAGAGAAGAGGAAGAGUGGUCUGCUGUCCUCAUUCAGUCUGUCGAUGACUGAUCUGUCGAAGUCCUGUGAAAACCUCUCUACUGUGAUGCUCUACAAUCCUGGUCUCUACACAGAAAAGGUGCCAAUAUUUUUCAGACUGGAGUUUGAGAGGCAGCAGCGAGAGGAGCUGGAGAAACUGGAGAACAAAAGGCGUCUCAUUAAGGAGAUGGAGGAGAAGCAGAAAAGUGAGAAGGCAGAGCUGGAGCGCAUGCAGCAGGAGGUGGAGUCUCAGAGGAAGGAGUCUGAGCAAGUGCAGCUCCGCAUCCGCCGGCAGGAGGAGACCCUGCACAGACGCAGCCAGGACAUCGAGAGCAGGAUGAGGGAUCUGAUCGCAGAGAAAGAGCGUUUUCAGGAGGAGCGUGACCGGGAUCUGCAGGAGCAGGAGCAGCAGAAGCAGAAGAAACAACAGGAGCAGCUGCAGAGCCACCAUCAUCUGGAGGAGUCCCUGCUGGAGGAGGAGGUGUUAGAGGUGCUGGAGGUACUGGAGAUGCAGGAUGAUGAGGAGGAAGUGCAUGCAGAGCAAACAGAGCUGUUCAUAGAGCUGGAACGACUCAAACGGGAAAGAGAGGAGCAGGUGGUUAAAAUCCAGAUGGAGAGGAGGCGUUUGGAGGAGCGUGAGCGGGAACAGUUGACACUUGUUGGUCGCCUGGAGGAGCAGCUGCGUGAACGCAGCGAGGAGGCGGCAUCUCUGCUGUCGCAGGAGGAAGCGCGGCGGCUGCAGGAGGAACGGCGCAAGCUGGCCGAGAUCAGAGAGGAGCUGCUGGUGGCUAAGGAGGCGCGACUGGACGGACAGGAGGAGGAGGACGGAGGAGAGGAAGCGCUGAGGAGGGCCAGGGGGCGCUACAGGCGAUUCAAACAGGAGCAGGUGCAGGAGCUGGAGGCGCUGGAGGAGGGGCUGAUCCAGCAGAAAGAACGACUGGAGAAGGAGGUGGCCAACGAACGAGCCUCCAUCAGCCUAAUGCAUCACGCGCACAGAGAGAAACAGAGACUGGUGUUCGAGGCCGUGGAGCAUGGAGCUCAGGAUGCUUCCUCUCUCCUACAGGAGGAGGCCUUGCUGUCUCAGGCUGAGAUCAGGUUGCAGUGUAAAGAGCGCCAGCUGCUCUCUUUGUGCCAAAACCAUCUCCCCGCUGUCUCUGAGGAGCGCCAGAGAGCUGAGGAGGCACUGGACAGGAUGUGGGCGAAAGGUGCAAGGGGCAGGAGUGUGGGGAUGGAUCCGAGUCCAGAUCAGGUGGAGAAGGAGUUGGAUGAGACGCUUUAUCAGAUAGAGAAGGAGUUGGAGGAGAAGGAGGAGCGUCUGUCCCAGCACAGCGCCAAUGCGGAGCAGCUUCAGCAACUUCAGCAGACGUACGAAUUUACGGCGAACGUGGCGCGUCAGGAAGAGAAGGUGCGGAGGAAGGAACAGGAGAUUCUGGAGACGCAGGAGAAGCAGCAGAGGGAGGAGCUGGAGCGAGCGGUGGCGCGACUCGAGAGGAGGCACUCCGCCUUCCGCAGGAGCCUCAGCCUGGAGCCCGAAGCUGAGGAGGGCCGCCGGAGGAGCAUCGUCACCCUGCUGGGAUCUGAACUCGACCAGGAAAGGAUGGAGAGAGAAAUUGCUCAGCUCAAGCAGAGGAUCAGCGAGAGUGAGGGAAGUGGACGGAGUCUGUCAGUCAGUAGUGAGGAGAAGAACGGAGUAGCUAACUGUCCAGUGAGCCCCAUCCAGGGCCUGCCUGCAGUGCUGCCUUUAACGGACGACAGGUUAAAUGCGUUUAUUGAAGAGGAAGUGCAGAGGAGGCUGCAGAAGAUGAACCUGCUGAACGGAGACAACAUCAACAGCCUUUCACUCUCCACGGACUCACUGCACGAGGAGGAGGAAGUUAGUGAGAAUAACAAUGUUAAAACGAAUGUUGAGGACAGUUAUAUGCACCGUAUGGAUCCCCGCAGACUGAAGUAUGAGCGUAUGGUGUCUAUCCAUUCGUGUCCCAGUCCAGACACACUGAAAGAUCCAGUGAGGAUCACCAUCCCACGCUACGUUCUCCGCGGACAGGGCAAAGACGAGCACUACGAGUUUGAGGUCAAGAUCACAGUUUUGGAUGAAACGUGGACCGUGUUUCGCCGCUACAGCCGUUUCAGGGAAAUGCACAAAUCCCUCAAAAUGAAGUACCCAGAGCUCGCAGCACUGGAGUUCCCCCCCAAAAAGCUCUUUGGUAACCGGGAUGAGAGGAUGGUUGCCGAACGGCGAAAUCACCUCGAGCGCUAUCUGAGGAACUUUUUCCAGGUCAUGUUGUCCUCCUCCUCUUCUUCUCCUCUCCGAGCUGACGACUCUGGCAUGCAUCUCUCCAAACACGCCAUAUGCAACAUCUCUCCCUUCUUCAAGAAGGGAGUGUUUGACUAUAGCAGCCAUGGAACGGGCUGAACACACUCGCCCUCACUCACACGGACACGCACACCUUUAUGCACAGUUGUGCGCAAAGGUUUGAACACCCAAGUCAGAUGUGAAAAUAAGCGAACACGUCUUCUACAGAGAUCAAACGCAAGGUUUCCUUUUUUCCUGCAAAUUUUAGUGCACAAUUUCUAUUGAUUUGCUUUGGUUUUAACAUAUUGGAAACAGUUUAAACAUAAAAUGUGUGGCAUAACGUUUGCCUCGACCACAUUAUGCCUUUUUUUUUUUUUUUCCAAUAUGUGAAAUUCAGCAAAUAAACAGUGAUUGUAAAGGAUGCGUUCACUUAUUUACACAACUUGACUUGGGUGCCCAAACUUUGGCAUAUUCUAUCACAUUAAAAACUUUUUUUCCUUUUUCAUUUUUUUAUGAAUACCAUUUGAAAACACAUGCUGCCCUUUACAACAUUUCAUGACAAAAAGGCCAGCGGUGGUGCCAGAAUACUUGGUAUGAAAUCUGGUUAUAAUAACUUAAA